GGCGGCGCAGCCCCGGCCAGCGCCGCGCCUGGAGGGAGCAGGUCCCUCCGAGGCCCGGGACUUGGGCCUUUGGGAAGCGCGAGAUUCCCACCCGGGAGGAGGAAGAUGCAGACCUUCCUGAAGGGGAAAAGGGUGGGUUACUGGCUGAGCGAGAAGAAGAUCAAGAAACUGAAUUUCCAGGCCUUCGCCGAGCUGUGCAGGAAAAGAGGAAUCGAAGUGGUUCAGCUCAACCUUAGCAAACCAAUUGAGGAGCAGGGUCCACUGGAUGUGAUCAUACACAAACUGACAGAUAUCAUCCUGGAAGCAGACCAAAAUGACAGCCAGUCCCUGGAGCUGGUUCACAGAUUCCAAGAAUAUAUUGAUGCCCACCCCGAAACCAUCAUUCUGGAUCCCCUUCCUGCCAUCAGGACCUUACUGGAUCGAUCCAAAUCCUAUGAACUUAUACGAAAAAUUGAGGCCUGCAUGAAAGAUGAGAGGAUUUGUUCCCCGCCCUUCAUGGAACUCACGAGCCUGUGCGGAGAGGACACUCUGCAGCUCCUGGAGAAGAACGGCCUGGCCUUCCCAUUCAUUUGCAAAACCCGAGUGGCUCACGGCACCAACUCUCAUGAGAUGGCCAUCAUUUUCAACCAGGAGGGCCUGGGUGCCAUCAAGCCUCCCUGCGUGAUUCAGAGCUUCAUCAACCACAAUGCCGUCCUGUAUAAGGUGUUUGUGGUAGGAGAGUCCUACACCGUAGUGCAAAGGCCGUCAUUAAAGAACUUCUCUGCGGGAACAUCAGACAGAGAAUCAAUAUUUUUCAACAGCCAUAAUGUGUCAAAGCCAGAGUCGUCUUCAGUCUUGACAGCACUGGACAAAAUAGAAGGGGUGUUUGAGAGACCCUGCGACGAUGUCAUCCAGAAGAUCUCCAAGGCCCUGCGGCAGGCAUUAGGGGUGUCACUGUUUGGGAUCGACAUCAUCAUCAACAAUCAGACAGGGCAGCACGCCGUCAUCGAUGUCAAUGCUUUCCCAGGCUACGAGGGCGUGACUGAGUUCUUCACCGACCUCCUGAACCAUAUAGCGUCUGUCCUGCAGGGCCAGGUGCCAGAGCCGACCUCCCGGAACCACAGCAACCUCCUGGCUGACCCGUCCGGCGGCCUGGCGGGCGAUCGGACAUGCGGCCCCGGCCCGGGGUGCUGUGGCCUGAUGGGAAAAGACUCCUCCUGGAUUGUGGAGAGCGAGACCAAUGGCUCGGUGAAGCUGCAGCACCAGAGACUUGGCUACAACGCGGCCGUGUCCCCCAGCUUCCAGCAGCACUGCGUGGCCACUCUGGCCACAAAGGCGUCCUCUCAAUAGCCAGCCGGCGCCAAAGACCAAGGGCAGGCAAGGCGGGGCGGGGGGUGCUCAAUCACAAUAACCAAGCGAAUGACCCGUCACAGUACUCCGGCUAAAAGAUUUCCAUUGAUUUUUUUUUUUCUUUUUUUAACCAGAAUAACUGAUGAAAUGAUCUUUAGGCUGAAAAGGAAAGGAAGACAAUGCCCAGACAUAGUGAUCCGACCCCAAGAAAAGGGAUGCAUUUCCUCAGAUUCCAGUUUCAGAUCUCUUAACGAGUUUACACACGCUUGUGUUUUUAACACUAGACCCUAAUGUGGGACGGUUGGUCUUUGCUUUCCGUGAUUUACUUGGCUGUUGUUGCUGCGAUCGAUGUUUGUUGGGGUUUUUUUCUUCUUUGUAAAUUACAAGUAACUCCCAUGUGAAAGCCGGAAGGUGUUGAGGCGGGGGCGGUGUGUGAAUAUGAUGAUUCAGAGGGGAGGAUUCAACUCCUCAAAAUUCUUCCCUUUUCCUCCCCGCUGAUUCUUCUCCCUCACCUUCCAUCUUUGUUCUUCCAUCUUCUCUCAUCCCCUACCUGACCUUAGAAAAGGUCUGGAAUUCUCCAGGUUCUUGUAAAUAAGGCCCAGGAUAUUUGAAUUGGAGAAGAUGGAGAAAGUGGGCACCUGCCCUGCUGAAACAGGAUCCAGAAUGGACAUUCAGCCCCUAAAUAGCCCCUAGGUUCUAGUGCCAGUCAUUCUUUCUCUACCUGUUGCCCCGGGCAGCUGGAGCUUGGGUAUCUGCCCCGGGAGCUGCCCGUCAGUCGUUGGGGAAUGGAAGUGCCAGUUUAAGCCCAAAGAGCUUGGCUUUCACGAUUGUCAUUGAGUCAUUAGUCGUGUGGGACUGUUGGACUGACGGGCUGGGCUCCGGCCGCAACUCCAGGUUAUGUAAACCAGGACUGUCUUGGGGGGACUUGGAUUUGACAUGAUUGUGGGAGAAAGCUACUGUCCUCUGCUGAAGGAGAUUAUUUGUUUUAGUAAGCCAAGCUACACAUUGACUGUUCCCACCAAGGGGAUUGCCCACGUUCAUUUGAAAAGCCCCGAACAGUCCGGCGAGACCGAGCAGAGAAGAGAACGUAAUGAAGUCAAACGAAGCCGGUAAGUUGCUUCUCAGUGGGGCAAGCCCUCCCUUCUCCAGUCCACCUCUAGCCUCUACCACCUCAUGGAUCACCAGCCCGGCCAUCACGAAAUGAGUCAGGUGCGAAACACGGUACCAUUCUAGCUGCAGGGGUGCUUCCUCCAGACGGUGCAGCCCAGAGGCGGAGAGAAGCUGUGCUUCUCAAAAUGCUUGGGAUUGCUCAUCUCCCCGACCACCUGUGGGAGCCCAAGCUCGAAUCCCCUUCUUAAAUCCUCUUUCCAGUCUCCUCUGGGACAGACCAGAACGAAAAUCUGUGUUUGAGGAGAGUGCAAACUCUUUCCAAAGUUGGGAGAGAUGGACACUUUCCUGAAAUCUGGUUUUGUGUUGUGGCUUUUCCCUUUGGAACCAAAGCGCCCCACCUCAAAGCUGAAAGGAAACCCUCCGGACCUCUCUGUUUCAUGUGCAAUGAAGAGACCAUCACUAAGAAUUUACCAUUGUAUACUCUUUACGGUACGAACAGGGAACUGACAUGGGAGAGACGCAUCCUUUGGACUUGAUGGGAGGGGCGAGCGGUCACCUCUGGGAAGUGGAGAAGGGAAUGGGAAAGAAGACUGAAUCAGGUGGAAAAUAUCAAGCGGUUUAGGGGCCCAAGAGCUUUGACACUGACAACAUUUACAAGGCUGCAUGUCAGAUUCAGUGCUGUUUCUGCUUCUACCUUUUGAGUCUGAGUGGAUGAAUCCAACGCCCUGGGAGAGCUGGCUUAGCCUUUUUUUGCACUGCUCUGUUUUUUUCAAAAUAAACUACUGAAAUAGAACUGCAUCGUACACUUGUUUACAAAAAAAAAAUUGCUAAAGUGUGUUUUGUAAUGCUCUAAAGUCUUAAUUUUUUUUUUUUUAAAAAAAAGCUUUACCUUUUUAAUAUAAAAUCCAGAUCCUGGCUUUAACUAGAAAGCAGGUGGAAUUUGUUCAUGUCUCCCCUGAGUGGGGUCAUUUCUCUAUUUUAAUCUAAUAUAAUUUAUUUUUACUUAUCUGAUGUUUCACACUUCACCCUUGGACACUGAUAUCCAGUAACUCUUUGUAGACGACAGCAUUUUAAUGGGACUUAGUCGAUGUGAUGCGGCUAUAUGGUAAUUGCUUCUGCUUGCUGGAAAAAAUAAUUGGUAAUGGAAUUUCAUGUCCCUUGUGAUUUAAGGAAAAGCCUAGAAGUGGAGAAAAUUUGAGGAGAGGGAAUCAGUCAGUUUUCCAGAGGACCAUUGAAGUUUCCAUCCUAGUUUAGAUAAGUCUAUUCUAAAAGAUUUCAUAAUUAAGUUGCUUUAUUCCUUUCUUUCUUUCUUUGGGCUAGGGGUAGAGUGGAUAGAAUUUAAUGAUUUUUUUGAUAAUGGUGUUUCUGUUAAGAAAGGAGUGUAUUUAUUCUGAGAGUCCGCUUGCCUUUGUAUGCUAGCUUUUGUUCCCUGCCUUGGUGUCCUUGGUCCAGGCAUUUGGGCUUCUCCAGGUUGGGCAACAGGGCCCCAAAGUUCAUCCCAGUGGGGUUUUCUGGGUAGGGGAAAGAAGACUCAUUGCUGCCAACACUUGAGAGGCUGCCUGUGGGAGGUAGACAGCGGAUCCUGGCAGUUGCACAUUCGCCAUCCACUGAAAUAAAGCUGGUCUUUGUGAGGCUGGAACCCAGAAGUAGAUUUUCCUCCUUCUGCCCAGGUUUCCACAGUAAGCAACGGUUCUACCUCUUAGGUGGCAACAGCUUGCGACGGGUUUCGGACAUGUACCUUGUUAGCAAGCCAAGGUCAGCGGCAGCGCUUGUCUGGCAAAGGAAGGGGGUCUGCUUGACAUCAGUGGCCUGGAUGGGCAGCCCGGAGCUGUGACAAGAAGCUGGAGGCAGAGGUUAGUCGGGGUCUUUCCUCAUUCACGUGUUGCUGUACUCGUAGUUCUCACGGAACCGCAUCACGCCAGGGGUGAACCCUAGUGCCCUGCGGCACUGCCAGGCCUCGGAGUGACUUGGAAUGCUCUAUUUUCUGUUCUCUGCUCUCUGAAUUACACGUGACCCUAUUUUCAAAUCCUGUGUUGGGGCAAGAGCUCUGUCCGUCUGGCCGGCAAGUUAGAUUGCAGAGAAGAUCCAAGGUGAACUGGCAGGUAAGAAAGCAGUUGAGUCCCAGGGGCCCACCAGCCUUCAUUCCCAGGGCAUGGGUGGCCAAGUUGCAGGCACAAAUUUUUUUUAUUGGGGCCGAACCGCCCAAGCCCCACAAAUUAAGGUGGGAGAGGUCACGGUCCAGGUUGAGGUAUUAGGGGUCUCGGAGUAGAUUGAAAUUUGCCAUCAAGUUUGGCGGAGGGUUACUCAGUGACGCAGCCUCUGGUUAGUGUUCUUGGAGGAGGAAUUGGGUUUCGGCCUUCAGAUGAUCACGAAGGAGACGUUUCUAGCGGGUCAGUCUAGGCGCAGUAGAGCCUGGUAAUGGUUCUAGAUGAAAACCAGCUCGUGACGUGGGUGAAAUGAUGGGUUUUCUGCUCAAAACGGGAUUGGUGUAACGCUAGUCCGUGUGGCCUUAGGAAAGCCUGCUGAAAAUGGGCUCUCUUGGGUUUUGCUACAUUGCAGCCUGAAAAAUAAAAAAUAAUGCCUGUCCCAUCCCCUCUAACAUCCUCAGACCUUCCUCGAUCUCUUGGUUCCCCAAAUCCUUGCCCAACAGUAAUGUGACACAGGCUGGCAGUUUUCAGGCUGACUGACAAAUGUAGCUUUCACUUGAGUGCUAAAAAUCUAUAUUUUUUUAAUGAAUAGUCUAUAACAUAUACAUAUAUAACACAGUAGCUGUAAUAACCUAGAAAUACCCCACCUUCUUGUCUCCCAUUUUUCUUCAUUGGUGUCGCUUUUUUGGCUGUAAGGAUGCUUUGCGGAGUCAUCGCGUGAAAAUCAGUAGUGGCGUCCAAUAGUAUUUUAAUUUGAAGUCUGAGAAACAAUUUCUGAGAUGUAAAGAAUGAAAGCCUGGCCCCUUUCAGACACACAAUCUUUUCUGUUAGCUUGCUGAUUUUUCUCUUGUUUAAAUGGCAUCUUGACCACCUUUGACCCCGAGAGCCUGGUGAAUCCACUCCCCAGAAACAGUCCAGUCCCUUCCUUGCUUCCUUCCGUUCUCAUUCCCUGGGCCAAGCUCCUGUUUUAAGCAUGGUAUUCAGAGAGCUUCCUCAAUUGUUAAAAACCCUGCUCCCUCCCCUAGCAGGUCGAGGGUGGGCUGAAGUUCAUCACAAGCCCCAUGAGUCUCCCUUCUGGCAGUCCUUUGGGUUGCCAAAAGCCUGGACUGACCGAGGGCUCUUUUGUGUCCCUCAGCCAUGACUCCCAGGGUGUCUGGAACAGUCCCUGGAGGUAGGAUCAGUUCCAGCUUCCCCAGAGAUGCUUUCUGCAGGCCCUGGGCCUGGCUGGGUAGAGGACUGUCCCUUCUGGUCAGAUGCUUGGCUAGAAAGUGGACUGGAGUCAUUCUUGUCCUUCUACUUCUCUUCCUUCUCCUCCCCCUCCUCCCAUAAGGGGAGUGCUGGGCCAAACCCAUCUUGGCCUGACUCCAAAGGAUUUAGGUUGUUCCAGGCCUAUCUUACGACUGAAGGGAGAAAAAAAAACAAGCCGUGGCUUCCAGCUCCAACAUGGGUAUUUUCUGUUCCCGUGGAUGGAAAGCUUCUUGUGGACAGGAAAUCGCAUCUACCAACUCUGUUGUUCUCCAUAAGAUGGAAAGGGCUCAUCACAUAACUUCCACCAGGCCCAGCGUUUCUGUGUCUUCCGGGGCACAGUGGCCUCCGCUAGCAUUUCCCAGUCCGAUUAAGAAUCUCGCAUUCUCCUGGCAGGGUUGGCUCAUGGUUCUUCCGCAAGGCAGCUAUGUCUUUCCCAAAGUGCCCACCCUGAAAGGCACGUGGGGUCAGGGCUGACCCGGGGGGCUGCCUGCAGUGCCUCGUUACCCCCUUGUCGGCUCAGUGUUCCAGUGGAACCUGUGAUCUGGAUCUUGUGCCACAGAGGCUUUGAGAGCUCAUGAGGUCCCGGAGAACAGAACAGUUACAGAGCCGAAUGUCUGGAGAGAAACGGUGUCUUAGCCACGUUAUUGAAGAGAAAGCAGGUUUCCUUUUGGUGGGGUGCAAGAGCCGAAGAGGCUUUUAACUUUCUUACCAUCCCCUCUCUGAUUUUUGAACCUGUAGUUCUCGGUUCCAAAUUACUCAAUAGUUCUUUUCGAAAAGCUUAGGUGUGCUCUUCCUUCCUGAUGCUGGCAGCCACUCCAGCAGGGCUUUCUUGUCUCUUGGGCAAAAAGAAGGUUGGAUGCAGGUAAUCUUGGGAAGAGAUUGGGUGCAUGUUGUUUUGGGGGUUUUUUUUUUCAUUCUAUUUUCUCUCCUUGGAGUUUAGCCCUUCUCUCCCCUCUAUCCCUUGGUCUUCAUGGGUUUGGUAGGCAGUGAUAGUUCCCAGAGCCAAACUCUUCCCCCACUUACAGAUCCUUCUUGGGUAGUGUCACCAUGAUGUUUGCGAUUGCAGAAUACAGCUUUAGAGUGUUAACAAGUGUGUUUCGUGAUAACGUAACUUGCUUCGAUUCUGUUUGCAGGUGACCUUUACCAAAAUUCCAAGCUGUUUUGUACUUUGUGUAUAUAAUAUAUAUAAUAUAUAUAUUUAUAUAUAUCUAGGAAAUAUAUAUAUAAUAUAUAUAAGGAUCAUGGCUUACUGUAAAAAACCCAAACUCUGUUACUUGGCUCUUUUAGUUUAUUGCAUGACUUUGUCCAUGUGAUGAUGAUAAUGAUGACGGUGGUACAUUUUAGGCCAUUUGUUUCAGCGGCCAGUGAUCCUGUUCUCUCUGUUUGCCAGUCAGCUGUGAGAGGCACUGUUUUGGUUUUAACAGUAUGGUGAAAUUCAGUAAGAAUUGUAUUGUUGUUUUCUGUAAUUGUUUUGGAGACAGAACUGUCCCUUGGAGACACACGAAGAAAUAAAUGCCUUACAUCAACCAC